AUGAGCACAGACGUAAACGCAAUGGACCAAGAGGAAAUAUGUGAUCCUGACGGCGAUGAUCGUGAUGACGAUAAUGAUGUUGAAGAUGAAGUGGAGCCCGAUGAUGCCGCUGACGGUGGAGACGGAAAUGGCGAUGAUGGUGAAGGUGAUGGUGAUGAUGAUCACGAUGGUGCCGCUGGGAGCGCUGGUGAUGAAGAAGAAAAAGAAGACGAUGGUGUCAACGAUGACGGCGAUGAUAACGACGAUAGCUUGACAGAAGGAGAAGAAGAUUUGGAGGCGACAGUCAAAAGCAUCAAUGAGCGCGCGAGAAGAGCCCACGAAGUUUCUUCCGCUGUCGUCUCCGAGCUGCAUGUCACCGCAGACGACUUUAUACGAAAUUUUCUCUGUCAAAUGAGGAUGACUGCAACUCUUGACACUUUCCAAACGGAGUGGACCGAGAUGGCGUGGAAGGGCUUGCUGAAUACUAAGCGGGUCGGCGAAGUUCCGGACGUCUAUGUGCAGAAUCAGCGUUUGCACAGCGAGCUGAAGAACGCGCUGCGGGAGAGAGACGAGUACCGGCUGGCAGCGUCCGCAUCGGCCCAGACGCUGUGGAGGGCGCAGAAGGCCCGGGACGUGCAGUGGAUGAAGAGCAAGCGUGUCGCCCAGGAGAAGAACAGAUUGGCGGAGGAGAGCAGGAGGCUCAAGAACCAGUGCCACGCUUACGAACCUGCAAUCAGGAAAAUGGACGACAAGUUUCAGGUGGUUGUAGAGCAAACCAUGCGGGUGGCACUGGAGAGGGACAAGGUGGUCAACCUUGUUCAAAGUCAACCACGUCCACACACAGCCCAAGCAGAAAAGGCACAGAAAACUCACAGCUCCGCCAAUAGCUCACAUAGGUUAAGUUAUAGGAAAAUGCUCUGAAUUGCAGAAAGAUGAGACACUUCAUAUAUAAAUCAGAAUUUGGCCGGUAGGUCCAUCACAAUGUGUUACGGGGUGGGAGAAAAGUUCAUUUAUUGCUGUACUUCUCAUACAUGAUAUACAUUCAUAAAGUGCUUUGGGAAAUACUCAUCAAAAUCAUACGUAUAAGUUGUAAAAAACAAGAAAAUAUUUUACUCAGAGCGUGUGUAGUUUAUCUCGAAUGCGAGGUUCACAUCUUGGAUUUGAGUAAAAUCUAACUUUUGAGACGUUUAUAAUUUACUUAUGUAUGUUGUAACA